CUGUUAGCUAGACGAAAGCCGGUAACAUUUAAAGUCCUGUCUUCUAAAUGCUCUUAAAUUGGUUGUAUGUCGAGUUGUAUUUAUAGUUGGUCUAGCUCGCUAAAGUUUCUAUUUACAUAGUGCAUGCGGUAAAAGAUCAAAAAAUUUAAUAGCGUAAUAUUCCGUUACCUAAGCUAGUUUGAUAGCCUAAUUUGUUUACAUUAGUGUGAGGGUGUUUCAGUCAGGAAGACCGGAUAAAUGUGCCUGUCUAUCGUUCCAUAUUUCUUUUUGCUUCGUCACUCUUUAAAGGGAUUUAUGAACAAAUAUGUGAAUUAUUGAACCUGGAUCUCAGAAAAAUGGACUGCAGAAUUGACGGGACAUAACAGAUAGUUUUUAGAAUGACAGCAGUCAAGUAGGAAGAAGGAUGAGUGACUUUGGACCAACAGACCUGAUUGCAGGCCUCUGUCAUACUGAUGAAGAGAAUCCUCUUCCUCUGUGGCAGAAUGGAUGCAUCAGCCCCUGUUUUAACCAGCUCAUCCUUGGAGCCUUGCCUCAUGCUGGGAUGGCCAUUUUCAGUGCCUGCUACCUCAGCAUGUCAAGAUGCAGCCACCUCCAGACGUCUCCCCCGUGUGGCUGGACACUCAGGCUCGUGUCAGCUCUGCUGGCUGCCUUACUCUACACUGCAGAUGUCAUCCUGGUGAGUGUCCUCCAGCAGGGAGACAUGUACCUGGACGUCCUAGCUGACAGCUGUGCAAUCCUGGCCUGGCUGGUCCACUUCAGUGUCAUAACAGUGCUCCAGAGGACUGUUUUUAAGAGAACCAGAGGACCUACACUGCUGCUUCUCCUGGUGCUUCUCCUACAAAUUAAACCCGCUGACCCUCUUAAACUGGCCCGAUUUGUUCUUGCCUCAGUACGGACGUUUCUUUUUCUCAUUUACCUCCUGGCAUUUGCUUUCCCUUGCAUCAGUGAUGCUGGGUACACUUUGUAUAUUAACGAUGUUGAUGGCUCUCAGCUCAUCCCAGAGAACACCCAGCUGGAGACUGGGGAGAUUGUGGCUGAGGAUGGGAGUGACUGCCUAUCUCGACUCUUCUACUUGUGGCUCACCCCUCUCCUCAGGCGAGGGCAGAGAGGGGAACUGGACAGACCAGCCAAUGUAUAUCACCUUCCCCAGAAACUUAGAACUAGUGUGAUUUGUCGGUAUUUUCACCAGUGCUGGGAAGCCUGCUGGCAAGGAUCACCAGUCACUUACCAAGAGGAUCAGUGGCCCACACCAGUCAGCACAAACCUCCUGAGUGGCAGCUGGAGUUUACACAACCAGGACCAACCACUGGGGCUGGAAGGUGAUGUAAGAUUGCUGAAGGUGCUACACAAGGCGUUUGGGAAGUGGUAUUACAUCCUUGGUCUGCUGAAGGUGACAGUCAACAUAUUAAGCUUCGCAGGUCCACUGCUCCUCAGUAGUCUUGUGAAUUUUAUGGAGGAAAAAGGUGCCCCAGUCAGCAGGGGUGUCUGGUGUGCCUUGGGGCUCUUUGCCACCACCCUGCUGUGCUCUGUUCUGCGAAACAUCUUUGUCUUCGAGGUCUCCAAGGUGGCGCUGUCAGCACGAGCUGCUCUUGUGACAGCCAUCUACAACAAAGCUCUGAGAGUCAGCAGCUGCAGCUUGGCUGGCUUUACUUUAGGAGAGGUGGUGAACUUAAUGAGCACAGACACCGACCGUGUGGUUAACUUUUUCCAAAGCUUCCAUGAGCUGUGGAGCCUGCCCUUUCAGUUAGCUGUCACCCUUUACUUGCUAUAUCUGCAGGUGGGUGUAGCUUUCCUUGGAGGACUGUCUGUAGCUUUGCUGCUGGUGCCAUUCAACAAGUUCCUUGCUUCCUUCAUACUUAGCAACAAUAAAAAGAUGCUCAUGUGGAAGGAUAACCGUGUUAAGUUAAUGACAGAGAUCCUCUUCGGCAUUCGCGUCAUCAAGUUCUAUAGCUGGGAGCCUCAUUUCACACAGAAGGUGGCUGACUGUCGCAAAGAGGAGCUGUCCCACCUUAAGGCUGUCAAAUACCUGGAUGCAUUGUGUGUGUAUACCUGGGCUGCUCUACCUGUGGUCAUCUCCAUCCUGACCUUCGUCAUGUAUGUGCUGCUUGGACACCAGCUGACGGCAGCAAAGGUGUUUACCACACUUGCCCUUGUAGGAAUGUUGAUCAUCCCACUUAAUGCUUUCCCCUGGGUGCUCAAUGGAGUCCUGGAAGCUAAAGUGUCUCUGGAACGAAUCCAGCGCUUCUUUAAACUAACCAACCAGAACCUGCAGGCAUACUAUGCCCUGGUGUCUCCAGAAGACAGCCAGACAUCUGUCCUUUUGAGCCAGGGAUCGUUUUCAUGGCAGGAACCCAGCAGUCCAAACGAAGAGGAAGAGUCUGGAGGAGUUAAAGGAAGCCUGCAGCUGCACAGUCUCAAUUUAAACAUAACCAAGGGCUCUCUGGUUGUCGUGGUUGGGAAGGUCGGCUGUGGAAAGAGCUCCUUAUUGGCUGCUCUGACUGGAGAGCUUAAUAGGCUGACUGGAGUGCUCUAUGUUGCAAACAGGGAAGUUGGCUUUGGUUUGGCCUCACAGGAACCGUGGAUCCAGCAUGCAUCAGUACGAGACAACAUCUUGUUUGGCAGAGACUACGAUGCUGCCUUCUACCAGGCUGUGAUCAAGGCCUGCGCCCUCUCAGAUGACCUCAGUGUUUUGCCAAAUGGUGACAAGACUGAAGUGGGUGAGAACGGAGUGACUCUGAGUGGAGGACAGAAGGCCCGGCUGGCACUUGCUAGAGCUGUUUACAUGGACAAAGAUAUCUACCUCCUCGAUGAUCCACUGGCAGCAGUGGAUGCAGAUGUGGCUGAACACCUUAUGAAGAAAUGUAUCAUGGAGCUCCUCAGAGGGAAGACCAGAAUUCUUUGCACACACCGCAUAGAGUUUGUGGACAAAGCUGAUGUGGUUGUCCUCAUGGACAAUGGAACAAUCAUCAAAACAGGGACACCAGCAGAAGUCCUUCCUUUGGUGGAGGCAGUCCCGAAAAAGCAGAAUAACAACCGCAACACAAAAGAGAAAGAUGGUGUGGAGCAGGUUGAAGGGGAAAUUAAUUCAUUGCCUGAGCUACGUGUGGAUGAUGAUCCUGGCCUCUCGGGGGCAGAGCAGAAACAGGUGGGCAGGCUGGCAUGGAGAGUUUACCAGACCUACUGGGCCGCUGUGGGUGGAGCGCUGGCCUCCUGCGUCUUACUCUCUCUGCUCCUCAUGCAAGCAUCUAAAAAUGUGUCUGACUGGUGGCUGUCCUACUGGAUCUCUGAGCUAAAACACAAUGGUUCCACUGGAAAUAAUGAGUCUUCAUUACCUGCCUUCAACUCACCUCAUCUGCUGCUUUUCUCACCUGACAGGCUCAUAUCUUCAGUGCCCUCUGUCCACACGUUUCUCUCUAACGACAUCGACGCAGAUAUUAAGUUUUACCUGACGGUCUACGGCUCCAUUGCUGUGGCCAACACCGUGUUCACCGCGCUCCGUGCCUUCCUCUUUGCCUAUGGAGUAAUGUGUGCCGCUUCUGCCAUCCACAACAGACUUCUGAAUAAAGUCUUUAAGACAACUAUGGCGUUCUUCGAUACCACUCCUUUGGGCCGAAUUCUCAACCGGUUUUCCUCAGACUUGUACAGCGUGGACGACAGCCUGCCGUUUGUCUUGAACAUCUUACUGGCCAACAUUUUUGGCUUGCUCGGCAUGCUGGUGGUGAUAAGUUACGGCCUGCCCUGGGUCCUGGUGGCCCUGCUUCCCCUGGGUCUACUGUACUACCGCACACAGCACUUCUAUAGACACACAUCUCGAGAGCUGAAGCGCCUCUGCAGCCUCACUCUGUCACCAAUCUACUCGCAUUUUUCAGAGACACUGACUGGACUGGGAACGAUCCGGGCCAGUGGCAAUUCUGCCAGGUUUGAGGAGGAGAACGCCAGGCGUCUGGAGCAGAACCAACGCUGUUUGUUUCUUAGCAGCGCUGCAGGGCAGUGGCUGGACAUCCGUCUGCAGCUGAUUGGUAUCGCUGUGGUGACAGGCCUUGGGGUGAUAGCUGUUGUUCAGCACCAGCUUAAUUCUGUUGACCCAGGUCUGGUGGGUUUGUCCAUGUCCUACGCUUUGUCUAUCACACAGCUGCUAUCUGGCCUCAUAUUCAGCUUCACGCAGACUGAAAUGCAGCUGGUGAGCGUGGAACGAACAGAGGAAUAUUCCACUGGACUGCCCAUUGAACCACAGCAUCAGAAUACAAAGCUGCCCCCCUCAUGGCCUGAGCACGGUUGGUUGGAGUUUCGAAAUGUGGCUUUGACCUACAGGGAUGGUCUUCCUAAUGCCCUGGAUGGAGUGAGCCUCAUGGUGCGACCUGGAGAGAAAAUAGGCAUCGUGGGACGUACAGGAUCUGGCAAGUCCACAAUAUUCUUGGCCCUGUUUCGGAUGGUGGAGCUCAGCCAGGGUCAGAUUCUCCUGGAUCAGCUGGAUAUUACCACUGUGGGCCUAGUUCAACUCAGGUCCAGGUUGGCCAUUAUUCCUCAGGACCCCUUCCUUUUCAGUGGCACAGUCAGAGAGAAUCUGGACCCCUGUGGGCGACACUCAGAGCUGGAGCUGCUGGACGUCCUGGAGCAGUGCCACCUCAGCACUGUGGUCAGCAGAAUGGGUGGUCUGGAUGCUGAGGUGGGAGAAAGAGGAAGAUUCUUCUCUGCAGGACAAAAGCAGCUGCUGUGUUUGGCCAGAGCUCUGUUGACGCAAGCCAAGGUCCUGUGUAUUGAUGAAGCCACUGCCAGCGUGGAUCAUAAGACAGACAAACUCCUGCAGCAGACCAUCAGAGAGAAGUUUCAGGACAAGACUGUGCUCACUAUUGCCCACAGGAUCAACACCAUCAUGGACUGUGACCGUGUGCUAGUGAUGCAUGCUGGGAAGGUGGUGGAGUUUGACAGUCCCGUGUCUCUCUGCCAAGCUGAUAACUCCAUCUUUCACACACUGGCAGGUGAUCAGGGACAAUGAGAUGAUCAGACACAUUUACAGACAACUUGCUGCUUUGCACAGAGUUGAUGCAGAGAAGAGUUGCAGACUUUGAGCAAAAACUCAUUUGGAACGGACAGCUUGGUGAGGCUGUCUGGAAAUGUGAUUAUUUUAAUGCAUAAACAGCAUUCAUUGAAUUCAUGCCAUAUUCUUGAAUCAAGACAACUACACAGCCCUCCCCCAACUCUUCCAGUGGUCACUGAGUUCACUGGCCACUUGAGAAACAUAAUGUCUCUAGCAUGUUCUGGGUCUGCCCUUAAGUCUCCUCAAUCAGGAAGUACCCAAGACCACCUCAACUGGCUCCUUUUGAUGUGCUGGAGUAGCAGCUCCACUCCAAUCCAGCCUCACUUUAUCAGCUCAGCUCAGAUAUCCUUCUGCUGCUUGUGUCUGCCAUCUUUUUCAGUCACUACCUACAGCUCACAAUGAUAGGUGAGAGGAACAUGGAGGAACAUGGUACUUCAAUAGCUUCAUUUUGAUACUCUCUUUCAUACGCCAGACCACAUCACCGGAGACAAUUCAUUAAUCCGUCUGUAAAUCUUCCGCUCCUUUGUUCAUUCACUUAACAACAAGACUUUGAUUCUUUAACCUCUGUACUUGGAGCAUCAACUCAUUCAGAACCCAGAGGUGGCACUCCAUCAUUUUUAUAGCUGAGAACCAUCGUUUCAAGUCUCGGAUGUCCAAGUUCGGUUUCAAAGUCAACAGUCACGAAAAUUUAAAAAAAGAAACAUGAACUUUAAAUAAAAAAGGGGAAUUAGUCAAAUCCAUUUGGUAUAAUAGCUACUACUUCUUACACUUUGUUAUUGUUAUAUUUGAAUCCUAAUUUAGACAGACAGCCAGAAAUGCUCGUCACCAUAUGUAAAUGACUCGUGUAAACUUGUCAGGAGUAAUUUUGUGUUUAUUCAGAACAACUGCCUGUGUUUGAUGAAAUAAGACAUCAUGUCUGCUUGCACUUAUGUGAAUUAUGGACUUAAAUACCUGGCCUUAGAUCUGGUCUUACCACAAGCCACUAAACAUUGAUGUGUUAUAACAAAACACCACUCUGUAGAAGAAAUGUUGCAGUGGGAUUACAGUAACAAUCUGAGUAGAAAAAAUGUCUAAAUAUAUGAAAUUAUGACUUUAUAAUCCUGUUUUGGAUUCAUGUGAAGCAAAUGAUAUAUGGAGCAUUUUAUGAAUCAUCUUUGAAUGUAUAAAGUGAGUUCAGUCAGUCUUUGAGUGCUUUAGUUAAAAAGAGAGACCUGAAAAUAAGAAACAUUCACAGUUCAACAAUACAGAAAUGUCUUGUUUAUUUAAAAAACCAUUUUAUUUAAAAAAAAAUGUAAAAUGCUCCAAGACCUGUAAGGGCUAUGAGGAAUUUUAUUUGAAUAGUACCUGAAUCUGUAUCUGCCAAGUUCAACAUGAAUACGGAAGGUAAAGUGCUUUAUAUUUUGUAGUUAAAUCUACAAAAUAUAAAACUUUGAUACAUCUACUCUCAUUUAAAUAUGAGAGUAGAUGUAUCAAAGUUUUGGGAAUCCUCAUCUGUGGAACUAACAUGAAGUUGCUGCUUCUUCCUCUUGUCUGCAAGGAAACACAUCCAAACUUUUUACUUUCUUUCAAAGAUGAUGAUUAUAAAUGAAUGUGACUGUGUUCUUAUGGAAAUACUAUUUCAUAGAAUUACACAUUUUUCUACUACCAUUUACAAUGAUAGCAGGAACAGUAAUCAUAGCAGUUGUCAUAAUUUGUGUUUUCUUAAUUCUUAUUGUGUGGAAAAUACAGGUCUCUUGAAUGAGGUCACCAUUGUAUGAGACUUAAUAUAAAGUAUAUAAGUCUCAUGAGAUAUAUGUAAAACAUUUAUUGUAAGUUUUCUUCUGCACAGGGCUGUUGAUGGUUUAUUAGAUCUUAGAACUACUCCACUGAAGAGAAAAGCUCUACCACAAAACAGUUGGUUUUAAUUUAUCCAACUCCUGUUUGUUCUGUUUUAUCAUUAUAUCCUGUUUUCUUUUUUUACUUUUUUUUUUUUUUUUUGUUUUUUUUUGUUUUGUUUGUUUUUUUUUUUUUACUUUUUAAUGUUAACCAUCUGUACAAAGAAAAGACAAAAUCCAGUUUCUCAGUGUUUUUUUUUUUAUUAUUAUUAUUAUGAAGAAGCACGAGGGCUUUUUAUGACCAGACGGAAUCUUUUAGUUGACUUCUCUGUCAAUGAUUUACUGUCAUUCAACAGACUAACAAGUAUGAUUCAGGCUUGCUGCAGGCAGAGAGCGAAGAUCUCAGCCUGAGGUGUGUUUGCUUCUCUUUAUAUGUACUGUUUUAAAGCAAUCUGACUUUAUUUUUUGACACAUUUUAUUUUUUUGGCAUCAACGUCAGACUUUUCAGACAUAUAACAUUGAUCAAAUAACCACAUGCUGAUCAUCAUAUUAGUAUAUCUGUAUGUGUCAUAAAUUGAUCCCCUUCAUCUCUUGAAUUGUAUUUUCAUGUGCAUUUUACUUUAAUGUAAGACCAAGACAAAGAGCAACUGACAACCUGAAUAAUAAAACAUUUGUCAGUCAAACAAUUAAGGGAGGAUAGCAUGAAUCAUUUAAAUUGAUGAAAUAAUAAUAGAAUGCUCCUGGCAGCUUUAAUGUGAGCUGUAAAUCAAAUUUAGAUUCAAGUAUUAAUAAAAAAAAAAAGUUUAUCUAAAUGUUGUGAUUGUGAUGUUUGUAUGCUUAGUUGCAGGUGAGUGUAUUUUGACAGGAGUUAUUUUUGUUGUUUGUUUUGCUUUGCUUGGCUUGUCAACAGCUGUAAUGUAAAUAUUCGUUGGUAAUAAAAAUGCUAUUGAUUAUUAAA